UGCACUGUAACGUGCUCAAUUAUCCACCGCGUUCACCCGGAGAAUCUAGCACGCCGGAGAAGCGAGACCGUGACACCGGCAGAAUACGCGGUAGCUAUUUAAACUACCAGCGUUACAGCCAGCACCAGGCAUCUCGGUGGAAUCACAAACCGCAGCCAUCGGCAAAAGCCAAAAAGUAGAUUUGCCAAGCAAAAAACUGUUUGUUAACUGAAGGCUGAAGGAAGAAAGGGCUCUGAACUUCAGUGACGAUUUUGCCUAUAAGAGGAAAACAGCAGAAUGGCCGAAUCAACAGACGGCCAAACAUUAAGACUGAUCGAGAGGUUGCAACAUGUCAGUACGGGAAAUACGUCGGGAGAUGGAAAGGAUACCAACGACGGCGAAUCUUCCAAUGCAGAUGGCAUCAAUAUUUGGCAGACGGCUGUUUCCAUAUUGGGUAUUUGUGCCGGUCUGGGUUUUCUAGCCGUCGACGUUCUUGUCGUUAGCACCGGUUGGGUUGGCUUCUUGCUCUUCGGCCUUUUGUAUGCCGCCUUGCUGUACACGUCGAUCAUAUUGGGUCGCUGCUGGAAUAUGGUACGGGCGAAGUGGGGCAGUGAGCGGCAUCCGUACGGCGCUAUUGGCCAGGAGGCCUUCGGCGACUGGGCACGAGGUGUUGUCAAUAUUUUGGUGGCUGUCGCUUGCUUCAACGACGGUACUGUUUUUCUCAUGGGUUUCACUGAAAUGAUCCUAACGAUAGGCGGGCCCGCACUGGAAGGUACUCUGUGCUACUGGCCUCCUGUGUUUGGAGUAAUCAUCUGUCCCUUUCUGUGGUUAGCUACUCCGAAGAAUUUCUGGUUGGUAUUAGCAGGCGGUUUCUUCGCUAUCAUCCUGUCUGUGAUUCUCGUCAUCAUGUCAAUAUUUGUUGCUGGCGAAUCCAUGUCCAGGGGGACUAGCGACACCACAAAAGGAGCGCAUUAUGAAGAGAGCGAUUUUCUGCACCUCGCUGAAAUAGCCGGGACGGUUUUCUGGCUGAUGGGACAGCACAGUGUUAUUCCGACUUUGCAACAAGACAUGCAACAGCCACAGGGCUUCACUAAAGCCAUCAUCAUUGCUGACCUACUGACGUUAUUCCUCGCCCUGCCGAUGAUGCUGGUCUUGUUCAUCAUUUUCGGCAACACGCUGACCAACGUGACGGGCACCGCCAUCGUCUUCGACUUGCUACCAGUGGACGCCCUCAAGAAAGUCGCUGCUCUGCUCAUCUUGGUCAAUCUGGCCGGUGGCAUCUUGCUGAUGAACAACCCACUGUUCCAGUACUUGGAAGAGGUUCUAAAUAUACCAACAGAUUUUAGUUGGAAACGAGUGGUUCUUCGCUCCUCCGUUCUCCUCGGGCAGAUCUUCGUCACAGAGACACUGCCUCAAUUCACGCUCUUGUCUUCCAUCUCUGGCGGAUUCCUUACGCCCAUCCUUUCCUUUCUAGUGCCUUGCCUCUGCUACCUACGCUUGCGGAAAAUAUACCAAGAAGUACCCUCAAAAUUCUCCACUCUCGAAACAGUCGUCUGCGUCAUCAUCAUUGGAGCAACUCCUUGCCUCAUAGGAGCCAUUUUGUUCGGCACUGGGACAUCCAUCAUCCGUGGUGAGACGACCUUCACGGUGCCGUGUUACGUCAACGCGACCCAAGCUAGACUGUGAGAAGAGAGAGCUUUUACCCUUUUUCGCAAGAUCGACCCUUUAAACUUUUAACCCUCUUUAAAAUUCUGUUUUUGUGUUUUUAAUAAAACCUUUGUAAUCUUUGUAUGAUAUUACCGACUAAUGAAGUUGUAUAUUUCAGGUAACUGGGACUCUGUCAACAAAACACACUGGGGCUUCCCACGUUUUUAGAAAGUAUAUUGUCUGCUUUCUUCGACUCAGAUUUCUGCAGCAUGGAGCUGAUUUCAAGGAUUAAAUUCAUUGAAGUUGAUGUAUACGUGCUUUUUGACUGUGGCACCUUCACAAAUAUAUUGUCAAAUUUAAUUGAUACAUUUUUAGCAUGCAUGAGUUAUGAGCUUUCCAAUGAGACAUCGUACGAAAAAGUCGGCCAAUGACAAGACGACUUUUUAAUUAAGAGUGGGACACUCCUAAUUCGUUCUGAAUAGUGUGCGCAAUUUCUGAAUUGGAGCGCGCUAUUUAAAACCACUUUUUAUAACUGUAUAAAGGCCUGCAAAAGAAAAACCAGCUGUGUUUGUUAUAGGAUAUUAUACUCCUUUAAAUUCGUUCGGAAAAGAAAAUGCACGUAUACACACAUGAUAGUACUGAUGUGUUUGUACACACGAAAUAUACACUUUAGUUAAAAACCAGUUGGCUUUGCAAUCAAUUCGGCAUUAUCAAGCAAUUGUUAAGUGAAUGCUUCUCCGAAAUAGUAAACAAUAAUUCAUAUGUAUUCAAGCAUUUGGAUUUCUUUAAUGCUUAAUUUCCUUACUCCAAAGUAAACUAAUAACUAGCAUUUGCUUAUUUUGUUUAAUUAAUAUUUCUCUUUCUGACUGAUGUUCUAUUUUGUAUUUAAGUGUACAUAACAUGUAUCAAGCAGUUGUGCAAGUAAAAUAAAACUCUUUCCAAAAUUAUA